GCGCGCCUCAUGGCGCCAACAUCCCUGUCCUGUUAUGCCGAGGACACCCGGGGAUCUCGGCGGUGGCGACGCAGCUCGUCCGGGAGCCCGCCUUCCGGGCCGGCCAGGCGCUGCCCUGGGGGCGGCUGUUCCCGCUCUCCCUCCCGCGGCCGCGAGGGCCUCCGGCCUCGGUGGGGCGCGGCGGGCGCCGGCGCUCCUCACCCCCUUAGCCGCCCGGGGUCUCGGGAGCGGCCCCUCGGGCUCCGCAACUCCGCCUUCUCAUCCUCUUCAAUCCACUACGGCGGAUACCGUUACCACCACCACCACCACCACUAUGCGGGCGCCCGGCAGUGGGCGGAAGACUACGAGAAGGACAAGGAGGAGAGCUUUCGGCAGAGGCGGCUGAGAGCGAGAGAAAGGAUCGGGGAGGUGGGAGCUCCCGAGGUGUGGGGGCUGUCUCCGAAGUUUCCUGAGCCUGAUUCUGACGAACACAGCCCAGCUGAGGAUGAAGAAGUCAAGACUCAGAAGAGCAGCAGUUCAGAUUGCGGCUCUGAAGAAAAAAGGAAAAAGAAGACCGGUCGUUCCAAAAACAAGAAAAAAAGAAAGAAAAAGUCCAAAAGAAAACAUAGGAAAUAUUCUGGUAAUAGUGACAGUAAUUCAGACUCGGACACUAAUUCUGGCUCUGAUGAUAAUAAAAAGAGAGUCAAAAAAGCCAAGAAGAAAGAAAAGAAAAAGAAACACAGAGCAAAAAACCCCAAGAAAAAGAAGAAUAAGAAGACUAAAAAAGAAUCCAGUGACUCAAGCUAUAAGGAUUCGGAAGGGGAGUUGCCGCAAGAUAUUUGGAUUGAGCAGUCAAGGAUUGCAGAUACCAUGGAUCUAAUAGGUCCAGAAGCACCUAUAAUACACACCUCUCAAGAUGAGAAACCUUUGAACUAUGGCCAUGCUCUACUCCCAGGGGAAGGUGCAGCUAUGGCUGAGUAUGUAAAAGCUGGAAAGCGUAUCCCACGAAGAGGUGAAAUUGGGCUGACAAGUGAAGAGAUUGCUUCAUUUGAAUGCUCAGGUUAUGUUAUGAGUGGUAGCAGGCAUCGCAGAAUGGAGGCUGUGCGACUGCGUAAAGAGAACCAGAUCUACAGUGCUGAUGAGAAGAGAGCCCUUGCAUCCUUUAACCAAGAGGAGAGACGGAAGAGAGAGAAUAAGAUUUUAGCCAGUUUCCGAGAGAUGGUGUACAGAAAGACAAAAGGGAAAGAUGACAACUAAGGACUUUUUGUUCUACAGCAGGACUUUUAACAACAACUUUAUAUGAGCAAAAUAAUAUUGAAACGCUAUGUUGCUACUGUA